GGCUUAGCUCGGGCAGCGAAGUGCGCGGCAAACCAUGAGACCUUGACCAGGAUCAUUCCGUCACAGGAAAUGUUGAAGGACCACCAGAUGGAAAGCUACGCACUCGCCAUACAUCAAGCAUGCCUGCAAGAGCCACCAGUGCCGGAAUGGGAGUCCUUCGAUAUGCGUGAGCUGUGUGCUUGCUGCAACUCCGACUUCACCUGGGCCUAUGUUCUGCAGAGCGAGCCUCAAAAGAUGUUAUCCAGGCACCACUGCUUCUCAUGUGGACGUGUGGUUUGUGAAGGUUGUUCCAGGAAAAGGCUAUCGCAUGAACGCCUGGGUUUCCAGAUGCCCGUUCGAACCUGUGAUCUUUGGACAAAGACCUUUGCCAGCCCUCUGAGUGCACUCACGUGUUUGGCGAAUCCCAAGGACAGUUGUGCCUUCGCCCAGUUCGAGGGCGCCCAGGACGCUGUGAGCGCCUUCGCUGCGGAGGAGGCGGCAGCCAGAAGCGCGGCGGCAGGGUUCCCAUUGUUCCCACGGCCGCAGAUCGUGGUGAACGGCGCGGCCGUGACGCAAGCCACCUUUGCUUUGCCCACGGAGAGGCCGCUCUAUGCGAUUGUGGAUCUCAUUGGUGUCGGAUGCCCUAAAAGUUUGAUCUCGGAUCCCACCUAUACCUCAGCAGCUGUUCAACCACGAGAAGUCCAAUGGUCUUAUGCAGCCAAUUGCAACGAGGCGGACUGGGAAGAUGCAGCUUGGAAUCAAGCUUAUGGAGAAGGAUCACAAUGGAGCGCUCCGCCAAAAAGGCGACAAACGCCACGGAGGCGGUCGCGCAAGGCAAAAGCAUCUACAGCAGAGACACCGCCCAGUGGCAAAGGGAAAGGGCGACACAAGCAGCUGGAGAACGAAGCAGUUGGUCCACCAUCAAUUGCAAGUCUUGCAGCAGCAGACCCACCAUGGCUCACAAGCCUGCUGCAACAACAACCAGUUGUGCCAGCGCCCAAUCCAAAUCCACCAGAAGACAAGCAAAUCAAGUCAAUCAUGGCAGCAUUGCGCAAGCACAACGAUGCGCUACCGCCAGAAUUGCAAGCGUUUGUCUCCGAGGCUGCACAGAAAGAAGGCCAACAAGAAACAAAGCAGAUGCACCAUGCGGUUACAGCACAUGGAAAAGCCAAGAAAGAACUCCAACAGGCACAAAUGGCCAGGCUCAACCUCCAUGCAGCCUGGAGGGGGUUCCUGGGGCAUGCCGUCAACUUGUGGCAAGGCUACAGCGCACAGUUUGUCGAGCAAGAAAAACAGAUGGCAGACAGAGUCGCUGCGGCAACCGAAGCACUGGAGUCUGCCAAAGUAAAUCUGGCCCAAUCCAAACAAGCAGCUGGUGUCGAAGUCAAGGAGGACUCAAUGACAAUCAGCGAGGACGACACCGACAAGGAUGUAUCAGGUCAGGCGGCCGAAAGGAUCAAGGAAGGCAUCUGCAACCUCCACACCAGCCUAGAAGCGCUCAAAUCAUCUGCAGAACAGAUGGUGGAAGAAGAGCACAAGGCACUGAAACGACCGAGGCUCGAUGCAUCGCCCACGGAUGUAGUUGCCAAUGCUCACCCAGCCAACACAGGUUUUGGCUAG